ACAAGGAUGUGACAUAUAAAACUCACCAUCUUGGACUUCUCUAGUAUGCUUGGCUCUGACUUGACCUAAAUGCCCAUGGUGUCUGUGCCAAAAUAUAUCAUAGUAAGUGAUGAAUUUGGACUUUGUUGGAUGAAAGCUGAGACAGCAUAGUUGAAACUGAGGAUCAUGUUUUCAUCCCUCAUUACUAGGACGCAGGAGGCAUCAAUGAUAAGGCCUUGCCAGAAAUUUGAAGGUCACAGCAAUUUUCUUGAGGGCAUUAUACAUUUGCUGGGCAGACAAUGGAUGAUGACUUGUUCAAGAGAUGGCUCACUGCGGGUAUGGAACUUGAAGAGUGGGAAACAGAUAGGAGAGGACUGGCAGGAUGGGGAUAGUGGAGUGUGGACGUUGAUAGCGUUGUCUCUGGAUGGGAAGGAAGUGGUUAGCAGAAGUUUGGAUGGUGCAGUGAGGUUGUGGGACAUUGAUACAGGCAAAGUUAUCGCAAAAUGGACAGGGCAUACACAGCCAGUGAAGUCUGUUUGCUGGAGUCGAGAUGGUCAGCAAGUGGUGAGCAGAUCUGAAGAUGGGACUGCAAGGGAGUGGGAUGUGGAGAACAGAGAGACAAUCGUUGGUCCAAUAGAGACUGGGCACGAAGAUGUGUUCAUAGUCAUCUAUUCACCAGACAUGAUCAUGUUUGUGACUAGUGGAUACGAUAGCUGGCCAAAUCAUGGUAAUACUGAGUGUGCAGUCAAAAUCUGGAAUGCGAAGACAGGUGUGCUUGUCGCCACUCUCAAGGGACACACAGAUUUGGUGGUGUGCCUGGCUUGGACCCCAAAUGGAAAAACACUUAUAUCUGGGUCAGUCGAUUCCUCAAUUAGGACAUGGAACACUUCAAACCAGAUUGCUGUGCUGGAUGGGCACACUGAAAGUGUCUAUGGCAUUGCAAUAUCUCCCAAUGGCCACGUCCUCACAAGUGCAUCAAGGGACAAGACAGCACGAUUGUGGAACCUCAACGAUAAUCAGCCCAUCAGUUCACCCCUCAACUAUGCAAAUACAAUCACUGUCAUGUCAUUUUCAGCAGAUGGAAAGCUACUAGCCACUUGCUGCGAUGACAAAAGCAUGUAUACUUGGGAUGUUUCUGCGAUAUUAGAGGAAGCUGGCCUGGACGACCUUCUUUUGGACAAGCCAAUCAAGGCUUCCCCUUGGGUAUGCCAAGGCCUUUUUGACAACACACAACAUCAUGCUCACGUACGUUGUUAAUUAUGUUCCAUCCAGUCCUGUUUUCAUCAUCUUAAUAUCCUCAGUUGUCUGCACAACACCACCCCCACUCUUGAUCAUCACCAUGGCGUGAAAGCA